AUGAAGAGUCAAGUCCUAAUGGGACCAACGGAAGUUGCCCGCCAGAGUAGUCACCUUCUUCUGGAAAUAUAUGGAAAACUUAUUAAACUCGAGGCAGUACUUCAUGAAUCCGAGCAUGCACAAACAUCCGUUACGGUAGCUGUGGCCGCACAUCAUUCCACUGAUGCGUCAUAUGGGAACGACAAAAUUGAACAAGCAAAGCCUGAAUCUGAAGCACGGAAAGUUACUAUUCAAGGAUCAAAUCAAAUACCCAGCAAUCAUCUCGGAGGCCUUGAGCUACCUGAGGCGGCCCAGGCGGGUAGCUCCUAUCUACCCACCCUGGAGGCAUCUUACAAUCGAUGUCUCCCACCGUCCAAGAUUCGUCGAUGGACACGAGAAGAAGAAAACGGCCUCUUAGAUUGGCUGGAGGCCAAUAAAACUUUAACGAGGCAAGAGCUUGAGCAGAAGUACUUGCAGGAAUUCAAAAAAUAUCGGUCGUCUUUGGCUAUCCUGACCAAAGCAAGGAGGUUAAGAUCAUCAUUUCAUAAGGGGGAAAAGGGACGUGGAUUGGUGCGUCUCAAGCUGCGAGGAACACUGCGCAAUAGUAAGGGGGCUUUAGAGGGGGCCGCAUUAACUGCACCAGCAACAUCUGGUAUACAGAGGACAGACAGAGCUUUCGAUCGGGAUCAUCGUCUAUCCAUUCAGAGUGUGUUGGUUGGUUUGCCCAAGUCUUAG